AUGCCUCUUAAAGACGGAGUUUACAUCAUCGCCAGCACCCUCGAUACCAAUCCUGUUCUUGAUAUUGAGGGCGCCGCCAAUCCCUUCAACAGCCCCAUCUCCGGUGUAGUCGGUUUUACGAGAGACACCAAUAACACCACCAACAAACAUCAGCAGUGGAUCGUGACCACUCUUCGUAAGGGUGUCUACGGCUUGAAGUCUACUAUUAGCAACGUCUGGAUCACUGCCCCUGUCGAUGGCAGUGUUUCUCAGCUCGACACGUCUGUGUACGAUCCCGUUUAUAACGAAGCCACCCGUUGGAAAAUCACAGCCCUUACCAGCGACACCUAUCAGAUUGAAAGUGUGCGAUUCCCGAACCACGUUAUAGACCUCGAGUAUGCCAGUUCGGCUGACAACACUCAUGCUAUUCUGUAUCCGAGCCAACAGAGCGCCAACCAAAUCUGGAGGUUCCUCCCUGUUGUAAUCUGA